AUCCUGGUGGACCUGACAGCCGAGAGGAAGCACCAAGCGCUGCAGUACGAGAACGUUGUGGCCCACGAGGGCAGCUCCAUCCUGCGAGACCUGGUGCUGAGCCCCGACCGCCAGCACAUCUAUGCCAUGACUGAGAAGCAGGUGACGCGGGUGCCGGUGGAGAGCUGUGAGCAGUACGAGAGCUGUGAGCUGUGCCUGGGCUCCCGGGACCCCCACUGCGGCUGGUGCGUCCUUCACAACAUAUGCUCACGCAAGGACCGGUGCGAGCGGGCGGACGAGCCGCAGCGCUUCGCCUCCGACCUGCGGCAGUGCGUCCAGCUCUCCGUCCAGCCCAAGAACAUCUCCGUCACCAUGUCCGAGGUCCCGCUGGUCCUGCAGGCCUGGAAUGUCCCAGACCUCUCAGCAGGAGUUAACUGCUCCUUUGAAGACUUCACCGAGUCCGAGAGCCGCAUUGAAGAUGGGAAGAUCUACUGCAGCUCUCCCUCUGCCAAGGAUGUCAUCCCCAUCACCAGAGGCCGUGGGGACAAGCGAGUGGUGAAGCUCUACCUGAAAUCAAAGGAGACAGGGAAGAAGUUUGCCUCCGUGGAUUUUGUUUUCUACAACUGCAGCGUCCAUCAGUCCUGCCUGUCCUGUGUGAACGGCUCCUUCCCCUGCCACUGGUGCAAGUAUCGCCACAUCUGCACCCACAACGCCGCCGACUGCUCCUUCCUGGAGGGACGUGUCAAGCUCUCCGAGGACUGCCCCCAGAUCCUGCCCUCCACCCAGAUCUACAUCCCCGUUGGGGUGGUGAAGCCCAUCACCCUGACGGCCAAGAACCUGCCGCAGCCACAGUCCGGGCAGCGCAACUAUGAGUGCAUCUUCCACAUCCCCGGCAGCACCACCCGUGUCACCGCCCUGCGCUUCAACAGCACCAGCAUCCAGUGCCAGAACACCUCGUAUUUCUAUGAAGGGAAUGACAUCAGUGACCUGCCAGUCAACUUGUCUGUGGUCUGGAAUGGGAACUUUGUCAUUGACAACCCCCAGAACAUCCAGGCCCACCUGUAUAAGUGCUCGGCGCUGCGGGAGAGCUGCGGGCUGUGCCUCAAGGCUGACCCGCGCUUCGAGUGCGGCUGGUGCGUGUCGGAGCGACGCUGCUCGCUGCGGCAGCACUGCCUGGCCUACGAGAGCAGCUGGUGCACCGACCCCAAGAUCACCAAGCUAUUCCCUGAAACUGGCCCCAGGCAAGGAGGGACCCGUCUGACCAUCACUGGCGAGAACCUGGGCCUCAAGUUUGAAGAUGUUCGCUGGGGCGUUCGGGUUGGCAAAGUGAUGUGUAUCCCCAUUGAGAGCGAGUACAUCAGCGCUGAGCAGAUCGUGUGUGAGAUCGGAGAUGCCAGCCCAAGCAAGGUCCAUGAGGCACGGGUUGAAGUGUGCAUCCGCGACUGCUCGCCCAGCUACCGGGCCACGUCCCCCAAGAGCUUCACCUUUGUGACACCCACUUUCUCCCGCGUGAUCCCAGCCCGGGGUCCUCUCUCUGGCGGCACCUGGAUUGCGAUCGAAGGCAGCCACCUCAACGCCGGCAGCAACGUCUCUGUCACCAUCGGGGGACGGCCCUGUGCUUUUUCAUGGAGGAGCGCCCGUGAGAUCCGGUGCAGGACCCCCCCUGGCCACAGCCCCGGCGGCUCUCCCAUCCUCAUCAACAUCAACCGGGCAGAGCUGAGCAACCCCGAGGUGAAGUACAACUACACCGAGGACCCCACUAUCCAGAAGAUCGAUCCUGAGUGGAGCAUCAACAGUGGUGGGACGCUGCUGACUGUGACCGGCACCAACUUGGCCACCAUCAAAGAGCCCAGGAUCCGGGCCAAGUACUGCAGCUCUGAAAGGGAGAACAACUGCACCGUCUACAACGACACGACCAUGGUGUGCUACGCGCCUUCCAUCGACAACCCUGUGCGGAGCCCUCCGGAGGUGGGAGACCGCCCGGAUGAGAUUGGCUUCAUCAUGGAUAACGUCCAGGCCCUGCUCAUCAUCAACACCACCAACUUCGUCUACUACCCAGACCCUGUCUUUGAACCACUCAGCCCCACAGGGAUGCUGGAGCUGAAGCCCAGCUCUCCCCUCAUCCUCAAGGGCAGGAACCUGCUCCCACCAGCUGCUGGUAACUCCCGCCUCAACUACACGGUGCUGAUCGGAGACACCCCCUGCACCCUGACGGUGUCUGAGACCCAGCUCCUCUGCGAGUCCCCCAACCUCACCGGCCAGCACAAGGUCACGAUCAAGGCUGGAGGGUUCGAGUUCUCCCCAGGAACGCUGCAGAUCUACUCGGACAGCCUGCUCACCCUGCCUGCCAUCAUUGGGAUCGGUGGAGGAGGUGGCCUGCUCCUCCUCAUCAUCAUCAUCGUCCUCAUCGCAUACAAGCGCAAAUCCCGGGAUGCCGACCGGACCCUGAAACGCCUCCAGCUGCAGAUGGACAACCUGGAGUCCCGUGUGGCCCUGGAAUGCAAAGAGGCCUUCGCUGAGCUGCAGACUGACAUCAAUGAGCUGACCAACGACCUGGACGGCGCCGGCAUCCCCUUUCUGGAUUACCGCACCUACGCCAUGCGUGUUCUCUUCCCAGGGAUAGAAGAUCACCCCGUGCUGAAGGAGAUGGAGGUCCAGGCAAACGUGGAGAAGUCCCUGACCCUCUUUGGGCAGCUCCUGAACAAGAAGCACUUCUUGCUGACCUUCAUCCGCACGCUGGAGGCUCAGCGCAGCUUCUCCAUGCGGGACCGCGGCAACGUGGCCUCGCUCAUCAUGACGGCGCUGCAGGGCGAGAUGGAGUACGCCACGGGCGUGCUGAAGCAGCUCCUCUCCGACCUCAUUGAGAAGAACCUGGAGAGUAAGAACCACCCCAAGCUGCUUCUGAGGAGGACGGAGUCGGUGGCAGAGAAGAUGCUGACGAAUUGGUUCACGUUUCUGCUGUACAAGUUUCUGAAGGAGUGUGCUGGGGAACCGCUUUUCAUGCUCUACUGUGCCAUCAAGCAGCAGAUGGAGAAGGGACCCAUUGAUGCCAUCACAGGAGAGGCUCGCUACUCCCUCAGUGAAGACAAGCUGAUCCGGCAGCAGAUUGACUACAAAAUGCUGACCCUCAACUGUGUGAACCCUGAGAACGAGAACGCCCCAGAGAUCCCUGUCAAGGUGCUGAACUGCGACACCAUCACGCAGGUGAAAGAGAAGCUGCUAGACGCUGUCUACAAGGGGGUGCCCUAUUCCCAGCGCCCCAAAGCCGGAGACAUGGACCUGGAGUGGCGGCAGGGCAGGAUGGCCCGGAUCAUACUGCAGGACGAGGAUGUCACCACAAAGAUAGACAAUGACUGGAAGAGGCUGAACACCCUGGCCCACUACCAGGUGACAGACGGCUCCUCGGUGGCCCUGGUGCCCAAGCAGAACUCAGCGUACAACAUCUCCAACUCCUCUACCUUCACCAAGUCCCUCAGCAGAUACGAGAGCAUGCUGCGCACAGCCAGCAGCCCCGACAGCCUGCGCUCCCGGACCCCCAUGAUCACCCCCGACCUGGAGAGUGGCACCAAGCUCUGGCACCUGGUGAAGAACCACGACCACAUGGACCAGCGUGAGGGCGACCGGGGCAGCAAGAUGGUCUCCGAAAUCUACCUGACCCGCCUGCUGGCCACCAAGGGCACCCUGCAGAAGUUCGUGGAUGACCUGUUUGAAACCAUCUUCAGCACAGCACAUCGUGGGAGCGCACUGCCCCUCGCCAUCAAAUACAUGUUUGAUUUCCUGGAUGAACAAGCUGAUAAGCAUCAGAUCAAUGAUUACGAUGUCAGGCACACCUGGAAGAGUAACUGUCUACCUCUACGUUUUUGGGUGAAUGUGAUUAAGAACCCCCAGUUUGUGUUCGACAUUCACAAGAACAGUAUUACUGAUGCCUGCCUAUCCGUGGUGGCUCAGACAUUCAUGGACUCCUGCUCAACUUCUGAGCACAAGCUAGGAAAAGACUCUCCCUCCAACAAACUACUGUAUGCCAAGGACAUCCCCAACUACAAGAGCUGGGUAGAAAGAUAUUAUGCAGAUAUAGCUAAAAUGCCAGCGAUCAGCGACCAGGACAUGAGCGCGUACCUGGCAGAGCAAUCGCGGUUACACCUCAGCCAGUUCAACAGCAUGAGCGCGCUGCACGAGAUCUACUCCUACAUCACCAAGUACAAGGACGAGAUCCUGGCCGCGCUGGAGAAGGACGAGCAGGCGCGGCGGCAGCGGCUGAGGAGUAAGCUGGAGCAGGCGAUCGACACAAUGGCCUUAAGCAGCUGA